AUGGUUGGAACCUCAAGGAACCUCUCCCUACUUAGUAUUCGGCCCGGGCUCUCUUCAAUUACAAGGGGCUCGAAGGUCAACCUCCUAGUGGCGCAUAGAAACAUUGGAUUCAUCAAAAUCUUAGCUAGAUCAGCAAAGAUUCCUGGAUAUAUCGGAGGUAGUAUUGCGGCUGGUGGUACAUAUGUUGCCUAUAAAGUGGAACAAGCUUCUAGUUACACCAGCGACAAAAUUACCUCAUUGAAAGACUACACUGCCGACAUCUUUGAUCAGACCGGGCAAUUCUUGAAAGGGUCUAGUACCACAGGUGAUGGUGGAAGUAGUAGCAGCUCCAGCAGUGGCGGAGGAAACGGAACUGGCAAUGAUACAGCUGCCGUAGGGGCAACAGCCGCCGCAAUGGGUCUUAGUACGGAAGAGAAUGACACUGCCGUGGAAGAUGAGGAUGAGUUUGACGAAGAAGACGAAGAAACUCUAAUAGACCAAUCUGAAGAAGAUUCUCUUGACUUGAGCAAUGAUGAGACAGCCGAUGACAUGCUAAAUUUGACCAGGCAAAUGAUAGAGAUUCGGAAUAUUUUGACGCGAGUUGAUAGCGACAGCGAAACCAUGAAGCUACCAUCCAUCGUUGUGGUUGGUUCACAAUCAAGCGGGAAGUCUUCUGUGCUUGAGUCCAUAGUAGGCCACGAGUUCCUACCCAAAGGUAACAAUAUGGUUACGAGGCGCCCUAUUGAAUUGACCCUCGUGAACUCUCCUGAGUCCGCAUGUGAGACUGCAGAGUUUCCUGCCUUGAAAAUUUUUAAUGUCACAGACUUCGAGCAAGUGCAAAGAACACUAUUUGACUUGAAUAUGGCUGUUCCAGCCAGUGAAUGUGUAUCGAACGACCCCAUCCAAAUCACAAUCCGCUCUCCUAAGGUUCCUGACCUAACAUUGGUCGACCUUCCAGGCUACAUUCAAAUUGAGGCGUCAGAUCAGCCUACUGAACUCAAACAAAAGAUUCGAGGUCUUUGCAAUCGUUAUCUCGAAGCCCCGAACAUCAUUCUAGCUAUAUCUGCGGCCGAUGUCGACUUGGCAAAUUCUUCAGCUUUGCGAGCUGCAAAGUUAGCAGAUCCCAGGGGUGAAAGAACUUUGGGAGUGAUUACCAAAAUUGACUUGGUCGAUCCUGAAAAAGCACGCGGGAUUUUGCUCAAUCGAAAAUACCCACUAAAGAUGGGCUACGUCGGAGUUAUUACAAGGGCUCCCAGCUCCGCAAAAGCUUCAUCUACCAGCUUGUUCAGUAGGAAACAGAUAACCGGGUUUCAGGCUUAUGUGGCUCAACAAAAUUUCGAAUUUAAUUUUUUCAAAGAGAGGCGGGAAGAUUUUACUGGCACUGUGACUGGGUCAAGAAAUUUGAAGAAGAAGCUCAUGAAAGUUUUGGAGAAAUCCAUGUCUGCUUCUCUUCGUCCAACUCACCUUGCAAUCCAACGCGAGCUCGAAGAGACUGCUUACAAGUUCAAAGUUGAAUUCAACGAUCGGCCCCUCACACCUCAAAUGUAUUUGGCAAACAACAUUGAUAUGUUGAAAUUGGGAAUCAAGGAAUUGAGUCAAAACUUUUCGAGAGGUGAGCUCAAAUCUCUAUUGAAAAAUGAACUCGACCAAAAGGUUCUUGAUAUUUUAGCAGAGCGGUAUUGGAACAAGUUUUCUGGAUUUUCGUCAAAAGAAUCUCAAUACGCUUCUAAUGAUCCGAAUUUGAGGGAGUUGAGCCAGCUCUCUUCUGUGGAGGAUGAUAGCUAUUGGCACAAAAAGUUAGAUCUAGCUUCAAACUCCUUAACAAAGCUUGGUGUUGGGCGCUUGUCUACCUCUUUGGUUUCUGAUGCUAUGGUGACAGAAAUCAACAAUUUGGUGGAGAAUACGCAACUCGCAAAUCAUCCCAUGGCCCGACAAGCAGUUGAAGAUUCCGCGAAAGCAGUCCUCAAAGCGAAAUUUUACUUUACUGCAGAUCAAGUUGAAAAUUGCAUCAAACCUUAUAAAUAUGAGGUGGAAAUAGAAGACAGGGAAUGGGCAAGCAGCAAAGACAAUGCUGUCGAGCUACUCCGUGAAGAAAUGAGGCAAUGUGACCAUGUCCAAUCGUCAUUAAAAAAGCAAAUUGGCGGGAGAAAAUUGCUGCAAGUUAUGAGAUACUUGGAAAAACUCAAGUCUUUCAAAAAAUCCGACGAACUAGUGGAUUCCAGAGAGGCAUUGGGAUUCUCGAAAGGUCUUAUAGAAACAGGCCAGUACGCUCUAUUUCUUCAGGAACGUAUGAAGCUUCUCAAGAUGCGUUAUCAAUUUGUGAAAAACUCAAAGAAAUGCAAAAGUAAGGAUAACAAGUACCAAUGUCCCGAGAUUUUUCUUGAUGCUGUUUCAACGAAACUCACUUCGACUGCAAUUUUGUUCUUGAAUGUUGAACUUCUUAGUGACUUCUAUUAUAAUUUCCCUCGGAAACUCGACGACGAGUUUUUCAAUAAUAUGAGCAGGGAUCAGUUGGAAAGUUUUGCCAAAGAAGACCCUAAAGUGAGAAAACAUAUAGAGCUUCAAGAAAGAAAAGAUUUACUUGAAACAGCUUUGAGCAAAAUCGAAGGGGUCCUUGCCAUUCGUGGUCACAAAGAAGAAUCUCAAACAUCGGGAAAGUGGUGGUAG